UGCUUUUGUUGUCUGCCCCUCGUCAUGCAUCACUGUGACCUGCGGGCAGCCCAGGGGGUGCUCCGCACUCCUCUCCUGAGCCCAUGCCUGAACCUCUCCCGACGGCUCCCCUCUCCAGGCGACUCGCUGCCUCCCCUGCGGCAUGUCUCCCCGCUCUGGCUGCAGAGGCGGUGGCCGACAGGCACCAGCUGGGCCUGGGGCUGGACGCUGGCAGAGGGGGAUGUGCCCCAGAGAAGGCAGCUGGGGUAGGAGCAGCUGUGUGCCCACAGGCGCGGGAGGGGCGGGCGGCCCUGCAGUGGCCCCCUGGCUGGCGCUUGCCGGUGCGGGAGCGCAGGCAGGGGCGAGGCUCAGAGGGGUCAGGUGUGGUCCCAAGCAGCAGGGCCUCUGCCCGCAGGAGGAAGUACCUGCAGCGCUGGCAUCUCGAGGCUCUGCUCCACUGGCACCAGGCUGCCCAGCAGGCCCGCCGUCCGGCCAGGACGUGGCGGGGCUGGGUGGACGCUUGGGGCGCAGAGCAGCUGGCUCAGAUGCUGGUGACAGGGGGGUGCCCGGUGCUUUCAGGCAACGCUAUCUUGUUCCUUCUCAGUCACAGGGGGGUGCCCGGUGCUUUCAGGCAACGCCGUCUUGUUCCUUCUCAGUCCCAGCCCAGAGAGGUCAGACUAGAGCCGGGCCUGAAGCCCAGGACAGACCCAGGCCGCGGCCUUCACACCCGCGGUGACAGCCUCCCCAUGGGGCCGAGGGGCGGGGGCGGCGGGCCAGGCCGAGGCUCCCAACGCCUGUCCCCACAGCUCCGGGAGUGGCAGCUGAGGUGGGUCUGGAGAGCGUGGCGGCGGCGGGUCCUGCAGCUGAGGGUGGCUCAGCAACUCCAGCGGCAACAAGGUGGCUGGCUGCUCCCCCAGGUCGCGCCGGGACUCUGCCCCCGCUCCCCGCAGCGCCCAGCAGCUCUCCAGAACGGGUCACCCCUGGCCGUUUCUGAGCCGGGGUCUGCCUUCUGCGGGCAGGGAGGCAGGUCAGUUCGCUGAGACAAGAACUCGGAUUCUGAAGCCUGUGGUGUGGCCGGCGGCCAAGUAGUCAGGGGAGCGGGGUUGGCCUCGGCACGCUGCCACCCCCACCGGCCGCGGGGCACAGCGCCCUGGUCUCCGCCAGCCCACCCUGACCGCUGCACUGAGCAUCGCCA